AACUUUUUACUCGUUAUUCACAAUUUAGCUUCAGCACGUACAGGUUUAGUCGUUCUCAUAAUAUUAUAUUCGACUCACAAAACAUAUGUUUUGUCUAAAAUUUUAUUCACAAUUAUAACUAAACAUUAAAUUUUACGACAAUCCGAACUAAACAAUAUUAUAUUAGAUAUUCGUCAAUAAAAGGAAUCAAAAUCAAUUAAUAUGCCUGUUAAAAAGACAGUAACUAGUAGUCGAAGUUUUGAUGUUUUUCAAGACAGAACUAAAUACUAUGAAGAUCUCCGCCGGAAACGUAAUGAUGUAACAAUUGAAUUACGUAAAAGUAAACGAGAUGAACAAAUGGCUAAACGAAGAAAUAUGGAUGCAUUAGUUAGUACUAGUAAUAAGCACGAUGAUGUAGUUGAACUUAAUAUUGACCAUGAGAUGACCAUGGAUAAUUUAAAAGAAGGUCUUUUGUCAUCCUCCCUGGCACAUCAGCUGAAUUGUUUAAAAUAUGCUCGUAAAAUGUUAAGCUCUCGUAAGUGUGCACCUAUUGACGAUUUUAUACAAGCCGGUGUUUUACCUAUGUUGAUGGAUUUUUUAACAACAAAGUAUAAUGAUAAAACUGACUUCCAGUAUGAGUGUGCUUGGAUUUUAACCAACAUUGCAUCUGGCUCAUCGGACAAUACUAUGUCUAUUAUUAAAGUAGGUGCUAUUCCUUUACUCGUCAACCUACUCCAGUCACCUGAUAUUCGUGUAAUGGAACAAGCUGUGUGGGCGCUUGGUAAUAUUGCGGGUGAUGGACCUGAGCCUCGCGAUGCAGUAUUGUCACAUGGAAUUGUACCUGUAUUAAAUAGUUUGCUUCAAAGUACAACAGAGGUUACAGCCCAGCAAAACAUUGUAUGGACAUUGUCAAAUCUUUGCCGAAGUAAAAAUCCACCACCUAACUUCAACGAACUACUACCUAGUAUUCCUAUAUUAGUCGAGAUGUUGAAACAUAAUGAUUCCCAAGUUGUUUCUAACUCUUGUUGGGCACUUUCAUAUUUGACGGAUGGUAGUAAUGAAAAAAUACAAGUAAUAAUUGAAGCUGGAACUUUGAAUGCUAUUAUGAAAUAUUUAGAAGUUGACGAUACAUCAAUACUUAUACCUGCAUUGCGCGUAGUUGGUAAUGUGGUGUCUGGAAACGAUUCACAAACAAAACACGCAUUGGAUUAUGGUGUACUUAGGUACCUUAAACAUCUACUAACACAUAAACGUAUUCCGGUAGUAAAGGAUGCAGCAUGGCUUUUAUCCAAUGUUAUGGCCGGUAGUGUAGACCAAAUUCAAGCUGCUAUUGAUCAUCAAUUGUUGCCAAUUUUAGUAAACGUUUUGCAUCGUGGUGAUCUUAAGGUACAAAAGGAAGCUGCAUGGGCAAUCAAUAACUUAUUUAGUGGUGGAACAGUAGCACAGAAAGCUCAGCUAAUAGAUUUGGGUAUAUUAGAACCGUACUGUGGGUUAUUGUUGUCACAAGAUGUAAGGAUGGUUGAGAUUAUUUUGGAAGGAUUAAAUCAAUUGUUAGAGAAAGCUAGUGAUGAUGGUUCACAAGGAAAAAUAUGCAUUUUGAUAGAAGAGGCUUGUGGCUUAGAUCACUUGGAAGCUUUGCAGAAUCAUACUUCUCAAAAAAUAUACGAAAUGGCUUAUUCUAUUGUAGAGAAAUAUUUCCAAGGCGAGGAUGAAAUCCAUGGAUAUGACGAACGUGAAAUAAUGUCCCUGGAAAUGAAUAGUCCGAGUUCACUGUUCAGUAUUGACAACUAAAGAGAAACGCUUUACAAAAGUAAUACCAAAUUAAUAUAUCACAAGUAAUAUUUAUUUAAAACAAUGUGGUGUAAUUUUUAUUAAAUUUACUUUUAUAUUAUAAACCUAAAUCAAAAAUUGUAUUGGUACUAUUUAUAUAUUUUUUAAAAAUGUGUGAGUUUUAGUUUUAUACAUAUUUUUUUUAACUA